AUGAAUCGAGUUGGUGUGUUUGGACAAAUCUCCGAGAUAAAUGACCAUCUGUUUCUAUCAGGAGCCGGAGUGCUUAAACCGGAAAAAAUUCGUAUGAAGAAAAUAACGUUUGUCGUCAAUGCAACAACCGAAGAACCAAAUGCUUACAUACAAGGUGUGGAUUAUUUGAAAAUCCGUGUUGAUGAUCAUCCUUCAGCCCGCUUAGGAGACUACUUUGACCAAGUUGCUGACAAAAUUAAAAAUAUCAAAGAGCGCGGGGGGAAAACUCUCGUUCAUUGCAUGGCUGGAGUGUCCAGAUCAGCUUCACUUGUUAUGGUGUACUUGGUUAAACACGAGAAGAUGUCUCUUCGACAAGCCUAUCAUUACGUCAAGUCAGCACGACCUGUCAUUAGACCAAACGUCGGGUUUUGGAAGCAAAUGGUCGAUUACGAAAGGAAAGUAAGAGGAACCACAUCUGUAAGCAUGGUGCAGACUCCUCAAUGCGAUUUGCCAAUACCUGAUCUAUAUUGCGAGGAUCUGAAAAGGCUUUGCCUUAAUUCAUCACCAAGCUUGCUUCGUGGACCACCGAUCAGCUAUAGCCCACGCUCUUACGUGUCAUCUCCAAGCAGCACAACAAAACGGAGAGGAUUUUCUGCGAGUAGUUUGAGACCAUCAUUAUCCUCAACACCCUCAUCAUUAACCACAACUCGAAGAUCUACAUCUCCAGCUGCUUCACCUCUGGCCAUGACGUCUUACUCUUUAUUCAGUCCGGCUCCGUCUCGAAAACCAAGGAAUAGUCUGUUUAGCAUUUAUUCGAACAGUCCCAGACAUGCCUUCUUCUCAGCUUUUUAA